AUGAGCAGAGUAAUAUGUGAGCAUUGCAUCCUAAGAGUGAACAUAGCUAAGUAUCGAAGCAUCCAAGUAUGUCGGGGUUCAAAGAUAUCAGAAACCACGUUGCUCUACCUACCUUUGCUCACUCCAAGGCUUGGUGGUGACUUGAGACCAUUCGCUGAAGCAGUUGUAGGAAAUGUGGCUACUCCGGCUCCUUCGACGCUUCACCCUAUUGCCCUCAAACCUGCUAAGGCUCUGGAAAAAUGGGAUGGGUGUGUCCUUGUCAGUGAAACCAUUAACAUCCAACACAUUGCUAAAUUACCUACCAUUCUUGAACUAAAAGGCAAUCAGACAUGGUUAUUGGUGGCAAUUGGGAAGCCUUUGAUCCGUCAACUAGUUGCGCAUGCACGAUUACAACACACAAAACACUUAUUAAUGGUUAGGUUUCUAUCUCAUUCAAAAAAAAUUCAUUUCAGAGUUUUUGAAUACGAAAGAGAUUGGACUCCGUUUGACAACACAAUCAUCAAUUCUCCUGCACCUCAUCGCUCUGAGCACGAAGAAAAUGACGAGGAUAAUGGUGAUGACGUUGAUUCUUUGGAUGAGGAUAUCUCUGAAUUCUACGACGAUGUCGUAUCAGCUACAUAUGUAGAUAUUAGGCGCCCAACAGAUGUUCAUGAAGAAGGUGAGAUUGUCGAUGAGACUGGCUGUGACAUCCUGAAAUUUAGGGCUAAAUCUGUAAACGGUAAGUUCACCGUAAACCUCUUUGUAACUUGA